AUGAAAUGUGGCGGUUUGGGUGAUGGAAAUGGGUCUAGUCGUGAUGCUAGGGUAGUGGUGAAAAGCUUUUUUGUGGCCGUGGCACGGAAAAGAAGGGUCUGGCUUGGGACAUUUGAAACAGCCGAAGAGGCAGCCCGAGCCUACGAUGAGGCAGCCAUUUUGAUGAGUGGACGUAACGCCAAAACAAACUUUCCAGUGGCCAAAAACCAAACAGGCAAUGGAAAUUCCACGACAGCUUCUAGCAGCAGUACAACUGCGCUUUCUUCAAUCCUUAGUGACAAGCUACGCAAAUGUUGCAAAACCCCAUAUCCAUCUGUAACUUGUCUAAGGCUUGACACUGAGAAUUCUCAUAUUGGAGUCUGGCAAAAGAGAGCAGGGCCGCAAUCUGAUUCAAGUUGGGUCAUGACAAUUGAGCUAGGAAAGAAAAAUGGGGAAGUACUUGAGACUAAUAAAAUACCGGUUUCAGAGGAACCAGUCGAAAUGGUGAGACAGGAAGUUGGAAAUGGAUUAGAUGAGGAACAGAAGGCAACACUGCAGAUGAUAGAAGAACUUCUGAAUAAGAAUUGA